AUGGCCGCUGGCGACAUGGUGCGAAGUCGCGCUUUCGUAUGGAUGCUCGAAAGGCUCGUGAGGCUUCGUGAACCAGGCGCAGCGAAGCAAGCAGCUAGAAAUGUCGCCCUCAGGAGCUUCAAGGUUUUCAAUUUUUUCUGUGCUAUCCAUCUUUUCACCGACUACGUAGGAAGGGCUUCCACGAUGGAAGGUCCUUCCAUGCUACCAACGCUUGCGAACGAAGGUGAAAUAGUCAUUGAAGACCGCCUUACAUACAGGCUUUGGCCCAACUCCUUCACGCGCGGCGACCUGGUAAUCCUGAAAUCGCCAAUAGACUCCAACCGAGUAAUCUGCAAACGCAUUAUUGGACUCCCUGGUGAUACUAUAUGCGUUGAUCCAACCGGCGAAAAAGCACCUUCUACCGAACACGUCGUCAUUCCUAAAGGGCAUAUCUGGAUUAGUGGUGAUAACUCUGCUUAUUCGAGGGACUCUCGUGAAUACGGACCUGUUCCAAUGGCGUUGGUUCGUGGAAGGUUAUAUGCUAGAGUUUGGCCACCCAGUACUGCUACUAUUUUUCGCAGCAAUGCAAGAAGACUUGAAUAGUCCUUAAGAGAUCAAUAUACAAGUGCCCUGCUUUCGAAUAUCCAUCUACCGACGGUUCCUGGUUCCCAUACGUUACGAGUGGGGCAGCUCGGAUGGAACUCCGACAAUCAAUGACAACGAUGCCUCAUCUCGCAGGAUAUUGCGAAACGCAACCGUCAAGAUGCGAAUGGCGUCGUUGCCAUUCAUCGGAGGAAUCAACAGUCAAAGAGAUCAUAGAGAGACAGAUCCCAUAUACUGUCUGUUUGUCGAGUUUGACGGAUUGGAGUGUUCGUUACUUUGCAACACCGACCGGCGAAAUUGAUAGUGACUGGAUCUGAUUGGAUAAUUACUACUCCCCCCAGCCCUUACAGCUGUUUCAAUAAUUGUAGGCCGUUUUCAGAAAAAAUUUAGAUGAUGACCAAGCAGGUCUCACGACAUUUCCCCGUUACUUGUCCGUUACCU